CCGGCACAAGCCGAACCAUUGGCCUGCAGCAAGCACCUUGCGGAACGCCUCUCAUGGGCUGAAACAGCCUUACACCCCUAACCAGAGACAGCAUAUGUGGCUUAUCUGAGAUCUUUGUCAGCGCUUUGACCAGGGAUAUAUAUCCGAUUCCAGACACUGGGGCGGCCUAUUCGUGGAGGUUUCUAACAGUGUGACGACACUCCAAGCACAACUAACGAUUUCGCUGGGGAGCGCCAGAGUGAUUGAAGGGAGAUACACCAUCGGCCAACGCUUGCCUGUGCUCCCCUUCAUCGGCACGUCCUAUACAGGCGAGUUCACAACCCCUGAAGCAACGACCAACCAGACCACCGGAAGCUCACCUCAGCUGGCAAACGCCAACCAAACAUCACACCAUUUCGCGAAGUGCAGAUCACUGACUAACGGCUGCUCCGAAGCCGAGCUGAGCUGCAUACGGCUCGUGCACAGCCUUAUAUACAGCGGCUAUCCCUGGAAAAUGUGAAUGUCUCCAAAGAUGAGAAUACAUUUACACCUUAUAUCCGACUUGCGCAUCACCGUUUUUGAGGCCUGCCGUCUCUCAGCGACUUCUGGUCCCAUGACUCUCCCACCGCUGCCAGCAUGGUGCUCUUUCUCCAUUCCAACAUCAAAUUUCUGCCUCCAUCGAAACGAGACAGACCCAUUCGGGAACAAGAACUCGAGGGAGCAGAGAUAAAGGCACACGCGGCCAGAAUUUCCCAUCAAAAAAGGAAAUGGGCAAAAUUGCAACAGCAGCUGCUGCAAAAAGAAGAGCGGCAUGAGUAUAGCGGACCACGAGUUCAUGACGGGCAACAACCCAACCAUCGAGCCCAACCACAGUAUCGCGAAAUCAUCCUCCUCCUGCAUGGAUCAUCCGACCCGUUCAAUGCAUGCCCCAUCAAAAUCACGCCGGAAGUCCAUCGUAUCAUCACAUACACAAGAGAUGUCAUGCUUCCUAAUAUCUUCAGUCCGCCCUUUUUCCGACGACUUACCGUAGGAGGACCCAAGGUAGUCAACUAUGAGAAUUCUAACAAAGUCAUCGGAGGGUCUAGCUUUCGUCUCAGUCUCAAGGGGUUUGGAGACAUGAAUGAGGGUGCUGCUCUUGCAUGGUUGUGCGGCCAUAUUCCCAACAUAGUACGGCUUAAUUCAACCCAAAACACGCAACAGCUUUCGACAGCGAGGCUCAAAAUGCGAGCCAAAAGCCUCAAAUUGCUUCGUGAACAGCUCGCCGGACAUGCCCAAACAAAACCCGAGUCGUUGGCUGCGCUCAGGUUACAUAUUCGCUGUCUGUUCGAGACGGAGUGCAUGGCGGGAGACACGAUGGCAGCCAAAGCUCAUGCGGACAUCCUUCUCCAUCUCCCCGAUCCUCUGACUGACGAUAUGGAGCGUGUUCAACACACAUUGGUCAUGAUGUUCGAUGCUACCGAAUUAGCGUGUAAGAAGCUAGAAAGGACGGUUAUGCCUUUCGGUGACUGGACUGCGAAGGCGCACGCAAGGCUAUGGGCACUUACUGGUCCUUAUCUACCGAUCCCUCCCAUUUAUAUCCACAAUGCUCAUCCCUGUGUGGAAAUUCCUGAGCAUCGGGAGGCAAUGGUCAGAUUGAGAUAUUGCUUGUGGGUCGCCGAAACGCCGUUGCCGUUCGGAACAGCUCAAGAGAGGCUCAAGGCCGAUAUGAUAUUUGCCUGGAUCGCGACCAAGACGUUUCACGACCUGGGAGUUCUGAUCAAUUUGUACGUGGACAUAACGGAAGGGAAAUUUCUCUUCAAUUCGGAGGGCCAUCGACUGACGCAGGCAUGCAUGAUUCUCACGCUAAUUUAUGAAAGCCGCAAACGUGUGCAUGAGGCGAUCAUAGAGGAUGGUGCCGACAUACGAGAAGCUUCUCACGUCAUCAUGCCUCGAUUGGCGCAGGACAUGGUGGCGGCCAUGGAGAUGCUGAGUCCAGAUGAAUGUGACCAUUAUCAAGAAGCAUACCUAUGGAUGUUGUAUGCUGGUGCACAGUACGAACAACGCCAGAAACGCCAGACGAGGGGAACCCAUGUCGGCAUCAAAGUCGAGCCAUCCGAGGACCCGUGGUUCACAACGACGCUGGCUAAACACGCCGUGGAAAUGAGCGUCACCGCUUGGGAGCAAGCCAGAAGCAUCCUACGGCGAUUCGUGUACGAUGAGCAUUUGGAGCCAGACGGCCAGCUAUGGUUCGAGGAAGCUCUACAUAUAAAAGAGCCUAUAAAGAGUGAGGAUGAAAACCAGCAACGAACACGGAUGCCUAUACGCUGAAGACGUUCUGCGGUUAGGGGGUAUCUGUUGCUCCUCAUUAUACCCAUUGGGAGGUGUGCACAAGCGCAUGUAAGAGUGGCGUGGGUCAUCCCAUGCCAUACGAGACGGAUGGAGAUGUAACUGACUUCUGGGAGGACCAUCCCGAAUCUGGGAAGGGAUUGUUUACGGCGAGGCUAAGGCUUCGCCGCUGUCUCUUCCGCGCCACUGCCUGCAGACCAAAGGUGCAAACGCCGAAGUCCAGGGCAGUGAAAAAGGGUACAGUCGCAUCUGGUGUGGAAGAAAGCAUAUAAUAUAAUCAUAUAAUUUCGCAGACCACGGGCUGCCAAUUGCCCUCCAAG